AUGGCAGACGCUCGAUCUUGGUGGAGAGAUCCCCCGUCACCUGAGCCCUCUCAAGACGUUCCCGCAUUCGAGUCGAACCCAUUGGAAGAGUCCGCACUACCAAGUCCAGACAACGAACAGCUGCUCACCAGGCGUGUACAUAUUCUCGGCCUCGGAAGCAUCGGCACCUUGGUCGCCCAUUCUCUGAGAUGUUUACCCAAUCCUCCUCCGAUCACCCUGAUGAUCCACCGACAAGAGCAAUAUGAUGCGUUCAAGAGAGGGGGCCGAAUUAUCAACCUGAUAAACAAGCAAAACGGUAUCAACGAUGAGCAGACCGGUUACGACGUUGACCUAUUCAACAAUAAUGCAGAGGAUGGCGAGGCCCGAUGGGACUUUAUACCUGACAGACGCCGGGAGCAACCACAGACCAACCCUGUCGAAGAAGGAGAGAAGAUGCCAUCAGGCGAGCUUUACAUCUAUACCUUGAUAGUCGCCGUCAAAGGUCCCACCACCGUUGCUGCCCUCCAUUCCGUCAAGCACCGUGUCGAUGCAAGGACAACGAUCUGUUUUAUGCAAAACGGUCUUGGCCAAAUAGAUGAACUCAAUCAAGAGGUCUUCACCGACCCUCAGACGCGUCCCACCUACAUGUUGGGGAUUGUUUCUCACGGUGCCUACAUGGAUGCACCUUGUACAGUCGUCCAUGCGGGAUACGGUGCAAUAGCUCUGGGUAUAUGUCGAGAUCCCGAUCGUUUCCCGCUUCCUCCAAAGGGACCAGUGCGUCACCUGUGGGAGUUGUCAGAAGAUGAGAGGAAGAAGCAUCAUCCAACUGAUAAAGAACUCUUUGCGAACCUCUCUUCACGUUACCUUCUUCGCACCUUGACAAGAUCACCAGUUUUGGCAUGCGCGGCAUUUCCAUACCUGGAUCUACUGCAACUGCAGCUUGAGAAACUCUCUGCAAACUGCAUCUUGAAUCCUCUCACUGCACUCCUUGAUGUUCCCAACGGCGCACUGCUCAACAACAAGGAGCUGUUGCCCGUCCAAAGGCUUCUCCUUGCUGAGAUUUCUCUCGUCAUCCGCGGUCUACCUGAGCUCGAAGGUAUUCCAAACGUCCAACAUCGGUUCUCCGCCAAGCGACUCGAGCAGCUAUUUAUGGGCGUGACUAAACGGACCGCGCGGAAUUCGAGUAGUAUGCGAGAGGACAUCCGCCAUGGCAAGAAACCAGAAAUCGACUACAUCAAUGGCUAUAUCGUUAAGCGGGGCGAGCAACAAGGCAUCAAGUGUGCUCUUAACUUCAUGCUCAUGCAGCUCAUCAAGGGCAAAAAUUCUCUGAGGUCCGGCGCAGGCCUGCCCUAUGGCACAACACGGAUCCAGAGCGAAGUCGACCCGCAUCGCCUUGACUCAGUCACUCUCGCUGACAAUAGCACUCCGCCGAGAGACAGCAUAGCCUGA